CCCGCAGGCUCUUCCGGACACGGUCCUACCUCCCUCCACUCUGCCGAUCGUCUUAUCUCCGAGCGGGCGGCGAAGAUGGAUAUUGUAAACCAGUUGGUUGCCACUGGCCAGUUUAGAAUUCUCAAGGUUCCUCUGGGCUUCAUAAAGAUUCUGGAAUGGGUGUUUGCCAUCUUUGCAUUCGCCACGUGUGGCAGCUACUCGGGGAUGUUCAAGAUGAGCGUGGAGUGUAAAAACAGGACUGAGAGUGACCUGAACAUCGAGGUGGAGUUUGAGUACCCAUUCAGGCUCCACCAGGUGUACUUUGAUGCCCCGACCUGCAAAAAUGGAAAACCAGAGCGUCUCUUCCUCGUGGGCGACUACUCAUCCUCAGCGGAGUUCUUUGUCACCAUUGGUGUGUUUGCCUUCCUGUACUCCAUGGCCGCCCUGGUUGUCUACAUCUUCUUCUUUGAGAAGUACCGCGAGAACAACAAGGGACCUUUGAUUGACUUUGGAGUGACCUGCGUGUUCACGUUCAUGUGGCUGGUGAGCUCAGCCGCCUGGGCCAAGGGCCUCUCUGACGUGAAGACAGCCACUGACCCCGAGCGCAUUGUCACCCUCCUCUCUGCCUGUGAGAAGGAGGAGAACCGCUGCCGUGAAGUCCACGACCCUGUGAUGUCCGGGCUCAACACCUCUGUCGUGUUUGGUUUCCUCAACCUGAUCCUAUGGGCAGGAAACCUUUGGUUUGUGUUCAAGGAGACGGGCAUUAUCGCACCCUUCAUGCGCCAGCGCCCAGCGCAGGAGAAGCAGCCUGCCCCCGAGUCCUACGGCCAGCAGGCGGGAGGAUACGGCCAAGACGGCUAUGGCCAGCAGGACCCCUACGCUGGCUCCCAGGGAGGCUACCAGCCCGACUAUAGCCAGCAGGGCUACAAUCAAGGCGCAGACUACAGCCAGGGAGGCUAUGGCCAACAGGGGGCGCCCACCUCCUUUGCCAACCAGAUGUGAGCCUGGCAACAGUGCAGUGGCUGGAGGCUGAAGGAGCUGACAGUGUGAUAUGGGGAGUGUGGUGCCUGAACCCUACCCAAAAUGCCACGCUCCCCCCAUCUGUGUAUGUGUGCAUCUGUUUAUUGACAUAACGGGGGGGUGAGGGUUGACCAAACAUAGAGAUGUGAGAGACAGGGGAUGGGGAGAACAAAACAAGAUGAGUCCAUGUGCUUUGUCCUGCUGUGGUGUAUUCACAUGAACAAUAUGAUGUGUAAAAAGGUUCAUUAAAAACUUGAAUAUAAUACCAAAACAUUAAAAUAUUAAGGAUUUAAAAAGUUAAAUAGUAGACAAUACUGACAUAAAAAUAACACUGCACCUAAAAGAAUGUAUUUGUCUGUGCUGUAAAAAUUAUAGUAUACUAUAUAAAAUUUCUCCAUACACUAACUAAGUGUAUGACAAUCAUAACUCAUUAACAUAGUAAUAUCCGUCAGUUUGUCCUUUGUUUUCUUUAUGACUUUCACAUAUUAUCUUGUUUUUGGUUUUUUUUUUUGUAUUUUUUAGUUUUUUUUUUAUUUCACCGCCUUCAUGUGUAUAGGGAUUGCUUAAAGUGCCAGGGAAAACUGUCAAAGGGAAUGAAAAAUGCAUCUCAAAUUGGAACGGGAGGAAUGAGUGUAACUGAAGCAGCUGAGAAUCAGAAGACAAGGUGUAAUUUAUGUACCAGUUGAUUUUUAUUGACUUUGCCUUUAUGCCAUCAAAAAGCUUCAGAUCAAAUUAAUGUUUAUGUUGCAGGCAAACACCAAAAGAUCAAAUGUACAAAACAGCCUGCAGAUACAAAAAUAAUGGUGAAAACGUCGUAACAUCUCACAUUUGCUACUGUUGUUGUUUUAGUACUGUAAGAUACUAUUAUGUUUUACAAUUAUGCUUUUCUUAAAACUGUGUAGUAAACAGUACUACUAUGCAGAUUUAUUCAUUUUCUUAAUUUUUUUAUGUCGUGUUUUUCCUUUUAAUAGUGUGAGUACAAGACAAACAUUAUCAGCGUUAUAUUCAAAAGGUGUUGCUGACACAUGAACACACA